AUGGCGGUUAACACCGUUCUUAUCACUGGAGCUAGUGGUUUGGUUGGCAAGGCGACGUUGAAGGCUCUCGGACAGUCACCCGAACGCUUCACCGUAAAGGCUGGCGUUCGAAACCCCUCCAAAUCCGCUGCUGAUCUCACUGAGAUUGCUCCGAACGUCUCAGUGGUCGCUGCGGACCCACUGAAAGCAGCGGAAAUUGCAGCAGCACUUCAGGGAGUGGACUACGUGUUCGUGAUUGCUCCGAGCCAUUCUGACUGCCAGAAGAUUGCCAUUGCCGCCAUUGACGCUGCAAAGGCUGCAUGCGCUAAGUUCAUCCUUCUCCUCUCAGUAGCCACUGCCGAACUGCCCGACUUAAUCUUCUCUCGGCAAUUCCGGCCUGUGGAGGCACACGUGGAGGCGUCUAGCGUGCCGUACACCGUCAUUCGUCUGCCAUCCUUUAUGGAGAAUAACUACGAUUUCGCAAAGACGAUUAAAGAGUAUAAAGCGUUUUAUUCGUCGUAUGAGCCAGACAAGCUGUUCAGCCAGGUCUCUGUGGACGGCGGUGUUGCCGGCAAAGGCGGCGCUGUCGCCGCCGCCAAAUCCGGCGGCGCUGCUGGUGCUGCUGCUGCGGCAGCUCCCCCUGCUGGAGCUGCUUCGGCGGACGGCAACGCCGCUGCCGGAGCGGCCGGAGCUUCCGGCGCAGCGGAAGGCGCAGGGAAGGCCGGGGAUGGCGGAGAUAGCGGAAGCGCGACGGCCGGCGCGGCGGGUCAGAAAACCGGAAGUGAUUCCAACGAGGGGAAAGGCGCAAGCGGGGGGGGCGCAGGGGGGAAUGCGCAUGGGCACGGGCACGGACAUGCGCACGGACAUGGACAUGGGCAUGGGCAUGGGCAUGGGCAUGGCGCGUCUGGUAAGGGCUCGGUUUGGCAGGUCAAAGGGAAGCCUGGAAAAGGGGUAUGGGCGCAGGUGGUUAAGAGUGAGCCAGGCAAGGCCCGAACGCACCCCGGGCCUGAUGAGGGGUUAGCUUCGCUCGUGCGAGGUUCGGACGCAGCUGGAGACGCGCCGGCGGGUGCCGAGCCUGCGAAGCAGGCUGGGGGAAAGGCUGGUGGGGCGGAUACGAAAGCGGGGUCGGAAUCAGCGAAGCAGGGUGGGGGGAGGGGUGGUAAUGCAGGCUCGGGGGGGCAGAAGGGUGGUGGAGGGAGGGGGGAAGGGGGAGGGAAGGGAGGCAAGGGCGGCAAGGCAUGGCAUAAGGAUAAGGACAAAAAGGAGGAGAAGAAGGAGGAGAAGAGAGACGAGAAGGAGGAUUCUGAGAAGAACAAGGAGAAGGAGAAGGGGAGUGAGGACAAGGAGAGUGCUAGUGGCGGUGCGAAAGACGGCGGGGAGGGUAAGGGUUCCAAAGGAGGGGGACACGGAAAGAAGGACGGGAAGUCGGAUCAGAAGGAGCAGAAGGAUCAGAAAGAGGGGAAAGAGCCUAAGGAGCACAAGCCGCCGAAGCAGGCAUGGCGCAAGCACAACAGGGACGGCGAGAAGGGCGGGGCGGCGGCGGCCGCGGCGGUGGUAAUGGGCGCAGGCGCGACGGCGUGGCCUGCGCUUUCCGAGGCGGAUGCUGCUGCUGCGCGCGCGGCGGAAACCGGCAAGGGCGCGGGCGGAGAUGAUAAGGCGAAGCCUGCUGCUGGUCUCGCUAUAAUUGCAAACGAGGGCGACAAAUCGUCUGCUGCCACGUCAGACAAGCAGAGCGGCGCAGCGGCGGUUACAGCAGCAGACGCAGCCAGAAAGGCUGGCGCUGCUGACGUGGCAGUUGUGAGCGUGCGUGAGGUGAAUGGGGGGCAGUACAAGCGCGGGGGCCAUCAGGGGGGCGGGGGGGCGCACCAUGGCGGAAGAGGGGGAGGCGUGGGCGGAGGGGGAUACCAGAGGCGCGCGCAUGUGGGCCCCGCACAGGGGGGGAACGGCGAGGGGAAGCCUCAGGGCGGCGCUGGGCGCGGGCAGGGGGGGCAGCAGGGGCAGGCGCAGCAGCGAAAGCAGCAGCCUGGGGGACAGGCGCAGCAGCAGCAGGCGCAGGGGCAGCAGGGACAGGCGCAGGGGCAGGGGCAGGCGCAGGGGCAGGGGCAGGCGCAGGGGCAGAAGCCGCACGGGCAGGGGGGGCAUGGGGGGAUGGGCGGGGGCGGGCGCGGGGGGCACAUGCGCGGGCAGGGGAGGGUGGUGGUGGUGGCGGACGAUCCCCCCCUCACGGAGUUCGUGGCUGCUGGGCCCAGGAGGUCCGCGGCUGCCAUGGCCAAUGGCAUGGGCGGCAGCUAUGGGUACCCCAUGGUCGUGGGAGGUGAGCAUUGGGUGCAGUAA